GUCGAGGCAGUGUUUUCAAUUUGCGGAAUACGGAAGUAACAGCUAGACUCGGGUGAAACUUUUGCAAUACAGUGACAGGCUAUUUACACUAUUACAACGAAGACGUGAAGUUAGGACAGCCUGUUUUCUAAGCCUCAUAUCCGCCAUGUUUGUAUAUAUUUUACUGCUGACAAACAACCUACCGGACAUCCGUGUUUACUUAGUGGCGAGCUAAUGGGGCUCUGUUGAGUCCAUAACUAAGAAAUUGAUAAUGGAUUAUUCGCUAAUCAUAGCUGUGUUCCUCGCAAGCUUUCAUUUGUCUUUGGCAGCUCAGCAGCCCCACAUCAUUUUCAUCUUGGCAGAUGACUUUGGUUGGUAUGAUGUCGGCUAUCACAGCUCAGAGAUCAGCACCCCGAACCUGGACAAGCUGUCAGCCGGAGGAGUCCGCCUGGAGAACUACUAUGUUCAGCCUCUGUGUACUCCCUCCAGAAACCAGCUCAUGACCGGGAGAUACCAGAUCCACACAGGCAUGCAGCACCAGAUCAUCUGGCCCUGUCAGCCCUACUGUGUCCCUCUGGAUGAGAAACUGCUGCCCCAGCUGAUGAAGGAGUCAGGCUAUGCCACCCACAUGGUGGGCAAGUGGCACCUGGGCAUGUACAAGAAGGAGUGCCUGCCCACGCGCCGGGGCUUUGACACGUACUUUGGUUACCUGACGGGCAGCGAGGAUUACUUCACUCACAUACGUUGUACUCACAUCUCUGUUCUGAAUGGGACUCGCUGUGCGUUGGACCUGAGGGAAGGAGAAGAGGUCGCCACUGCAUUCAAAGGAGCCUAUUCCACUGAGCUGUUCAGCCAGAGGGCCACCAGCAUCAUUAAAAAACAGGACCCUAACAAGCCACUCUUCCUCUACGUAGCAAUGCAGGCAGUCCAUGCACCCUUGCAGGUGCCAGAACGCUACGUUGCCCCCUACAGUUUCAUCAAAGACCCCAAUCGCAGGCUGUAUGCCGGCAUGGUGUCGGCCAUGGAUGAGGCAGUGGGCAACAUCACUCUGGCUUUGCAGCAGAGAGGACUCUGGGACAACACGAUCCUGGUAUUUUCAACAGAUAACGGAGGUCAGACGCUGAGUGGUGGCAGCAAUUGGCCACUGCGAGGGAGGAAGUGGUCACUGUGGGAAGGAGGGAUCCGGGGAGUCGGAUUCGUCGCCAGCCCGCUACUGAAGCAACCCGGGACUGUCAGCCACGAACUCAUCCACAUCUCCGAUUGGCUGCCAACACUUGUUGGCCUGGCCGGAGGGAGCACCAAUGGCACAAAGCCGCUGGAUGGAUUCAAUGUGUGGAACACGAUCAGCAAAGGGUUUGCCUCACCCAGACUGGAGCUGCUGCACAACAUUGACCCCCAGUAUAAUGACAUCGCUCCAUGUCCUGGCACCAAGCGUCAGUUAACUUUGGCUCAGGUGGUCAGCAGAGGCUCCUGGGCCAACUCUGGCUUCAAUGUGUCCAUUCACGCAGCCAUUCGAUCCUCAAACUGGAAGCUGCUGACUGGCUACCCGGGUUGUGACAUUUGGUUCCCGCGGCCCGGCCACAACAGCUCCGAGCGGAGCCCCUCUGAGGUGGAUCCACUGAACUCCGUAAUGCUGUUUGACAUAGAAAAAGAUCCAGAGGAAAGGAAUGAUGUGUCUGCCCAGUUCCCGGCAGUAGUGGAGUAUCUCCUCACAAGGCUCAACCAAUACCAGAAAAGUGCUGUGCCUGUAACCUUCCCCGAUGAAGACCCCAGAUGUGACCCAGGCCCCACUGGAGCCUGGGGACCCUGGGCUUAGAUGGCAGUGACAAUGAUGAAGGUUGUAACACUUUGUUUACUGUGAAUUACAGCAGCAGGGAUCUCCUCUGUAGAGGAGAGAGACAUUUUUUUUCUGAUGAUUCACUUCCAAUAUAUAUCAACCAAAAGACAGCUUUUUUCAUCACAGUAUUUUCCAAACAGUCAAAACGCAAUCAUGCAGACCUUUUAAAGAAAAUAUUUGACUUAUAUUUUUGAAAUGGAACCAAUUAGUUUCAAAAUAGAGACUUGAUCAUCAACUGACUGAUGAUGAUGCCGUUAAUAUUGACCUGUGUCCCACCCCUGAGAUGCUUUCGGAGGUUUAGUUAAAGCGAUUGCACAAACUCAAGCUAAACAUGUUGCUGAUUUAUCUCCCUGCUGUUCCAGGUAUUUGCACUUCAUUUAUCUACUGUUGAGAAGCUGCAGGCUUCCUUGUAUGUGUCAAACAUUGUGGUUGUUUUUAAACCUGGGAAAAAUAUUUCAACAACCACACUAUGGUGUCAUUUGGAGCUUUUCAAGGAGUGUACAGGAAAGGGCAACAUACUGAUGUGUUUAAGAGAGAACAGAUGCACACAGUGUUGAUUUUAGCCAGAUUUGAUAUUUCAAGUUGUACUAAUCAAUGUUUUUAUAUCGGCAAUGGAUAAAAUGACGACAUACAUCACAGUAUGUGAAAGGAGAACCCAAAGAGAAUUAUCACGACUCCCCUCAGCUCUGCAUCUCUCAGCUCAUUAUUAUGGUUCAGUCUCACAGCUCUCAUCAGUGUCAUUCCCAUCAGCAGCAGAAACCUGUUUUUAGUGGAAAAAGCUCUGAUAAACCAACAGUGCACUACCUGCCAAGCACCAAAUAGCAAAUGACCAAAGUUAGGAACUAGCUGAUGCUGAACAUAGUGGAACAUUCUGCCACUAAAGAGCAAGAUAUUUCCCUCGUGAGUUGGUGGGGACCUUUAGCAGUGGUUUGUAUAGAUGUCAACAAAUAAAAAGCAAAUACAAAAUUUAAAUACAAAAUUUCUACCAACUGUUUAAUUCAGCUCUGCUUUACUUCUUUUCUGCGCAUUCUGUUGAAAUGUUUGAUUUGGAGAGCCAUUAGAUCAAAAAAAAAUGUUUACAGCUUGUUCCAUUGCUGCUAAAUGGCCAAAAAAAGAUUAUUGCAGGUGUAAAAUAUGUUUUAAAAAUGCUUUAAAUUAACUGAGCUCUACUUUUCUUUUCUUUUCUUCAUAAACUGUGCACAUCGCUAUUCAUAAGUGCCUACUGGUUAAAGCUUAAAAUGUGUGGUUUGUGUUUUGUUCCGGGAAACAAAAAGUUACAAAAUAAAGAGGCGAAAAUGCGGUGAAGCUGUUUUUAAAACCGCAGACACUGAUUUGAAGCCAAAACAUCUUGAUCGCCCCCUGGCAGCCAGCUGUAGUAUUGGUCAUAAAUGCCGCUGCCUCCAUGUUAGCGGAUUGGACAUGGGCCAAACUAAAAUAAUCAAAUUCAACAUUAAAUAAACUGUUCCAUAGUUUUUUUUCAAUCAUUUAAGUAGAUUGUAUCAUGCUGAUGAAUGCUCAAGUGCACAUUUUUCUUCAGUCGUUUUAAUUACAACCCCAAUUCCAAAAAAGUUGGGACUCUGUUUAAAACAUAAGAAAACACCAGCCACACUGCUGGUAACCGUGCAGAAUGUGUCUACUUGUCUUGCUGGAAUAAGCAGGGACAUCUCUAAACAAGACAUCGUCUGGAUGGCAGCAUAUGUUGCUCCAAAACCUGUAUGUACCUUUCCGCAUUCAUGGUGCCUUUGCGGAUGUGCAAGUUACCCAUGAUGCCAUGGGCACUGACAUCACAGAUGCUGGCUUUGAACUUUGAGCUGGUAACAACGGUCCAUUUCCUCUUUAGCGCAGAGGACACAACGUCCAUGAUUUCCAAAAACAAUUUGAAAAGUGGUCUCGUCACACCUUAGAUGAGCUUGGGCUCAUCUUAUCUUAACUUGCAUUUGUAGAUGCAGCGAUGAACUGUGUUUACCGACAGUGCUUUUUCAAAAUGUUCAUGAGCCCCUGUAGUAAUAUCCUUUAUACAGUCAUGUUGGUUUUGAUGCUGUGCUGCCGGAGGGGUCAAAGGUCACGGUCAUGCAAUGUUGGUUUUCAGCCUUGCCCCUGACAUGCAGAGAUUUCUCUGGAUUCUCUGAACUUGUUUGAUGAUAUUAUGGAUUGUAGAUGGUGAAAUCCUUAAAAUCCUGCUAUUGUAAUUUGAGAAAUGUUGUUCUUAAGUGUUGGCCUAUUUACCCACACAGUUUUUCACAAAGUAACAAUCCCUGCUUGCGAAUGUGAACAACUGAGCCUUUGGAGAGUGGAGACCCUUUCAUACCCAAUAAUGAUACUUUCAUUUGUCAGCAACUGACUGACCUUUUUACCUGUGGAAUGUGUCAAACAGGUGUUUUGGAACAUGUUGCAGGCAUCAAAUUCAGGAUCAGUGUUUAUUUACAAUAAAUAAUAAGGUUUAUCAGUUUAUACAUAAAA